AUGGCGGCGACAAGAAAGGCCCGCGUGCCUCCUUCGACCGACUUGACUGCCGACUUUCAACAGCUGCUCACACAAAGGCGGCAAGAGUAUCCGCCUUCCUCGUCAUCGGCGUCGGGCUCUCGACCGCUCAGACGCAAGGAUCCACCAGAGAAUGUCGUCAAGGCCCACAAGCAGUGGCUGAAUCAAGCCUACAUCAUUCGAAAACACAUCAUCUCGCUGCUUGGCUUUCUGCACUCGAUACGGAGAAAAUACCUGGCACUGGGCAACAAGUCGCGGGCGCACCACCUUCGAGAGGGCCAAGACGGUGUAGAGACACCUGACGACCAGGACAGCGCGGAAGGGUCCGCAUUCGCAAAAUGGAAGGCGUUCACGGGGCCGUUGACGGACAUGCAAAGGGACGAGAUCGACUUCCAGGUUAAGGUGGUGAUCAAGCGGUGCCUUGAAAGCAUCAAGGAGCUUGAACAGGCAGAAGAGGCCCGUAAGAAGAACGCGCCCACGACACCGACUGCGCUUUCGCCGCUCAACAGCCUUCUGGCCUUGUCAACAGCAAGAGAUUCGUCGACAUCGAUCCUUGCCUCGUCGCUCAUCUCGGCGCAUCGAGCCUCGAUCACGCAGUAUCUCUCGAUGCUCCUUUCAAAAGCAUCAUCCUUACAGAGCGAUAUGCAGGAAGCUCGACUCAGGGUGCAGCGAGAAAAGACAAAAUCGCUGGCCAACUCGAGGAUGCAAUUGCAGCAACAGGCCGGCGGUAGCUCGUCUGCAGCAGGCUCAACAGGCACAGCAAGCGCUCCCACCGUGAUCCGAGGCAGCGUGGGCGGCUCGUUCAAUCCCGAACUCGACUCGGAAUUGGGCCUGGUAGGCAAAGACAUCAGCGCGCAGCUCUCAGCCUCGCAGAUCGAGAUGUUCGAAACCGAAUCGUCGGAGCUGAUCAAAUCGCUGGAAUCCGACCUGGCCGCGAUCAAGAAAGCCGAGUCGAGGCUGUACGAGAUCAGCGAGCUGCAGACGCAGGUGGUGCAGCAGCUCGAACAGCAGGGCGAGAUCACGGAUCUGCUGCUGGACGAAGCAAUUGGAGUCGGGACCGAGGUGGGUCGUGGAAACGAAGAACUGCGGAAAGCGAGACAACGCAGUCGAGAGGCGGACAAGUUUUUGUCCAUCUUUCUGGUGGGGAGUGGGCUGGCGCUGCUGUUCUUGCAUUGGAUGGACUGA